AUGUUGCGCUUCGUUGACGAUACAUUCGAUCCAGAAUUGGCGGCAACAAUAGGGGUCGAUUUUCGGGUGACAUCGAUGAAUGUUGACGGAAACCGAGUAAAACUUGCGAUUUGGGAUACCGCUGGACAAGAACGUUUCCGAACACUAACACCAAGUUAUUACCGUGGUGCUCAGGGCGUGAUUUGCGUGUACGAUGUAACAAACAAGAGUUCUUUCGAAAAUUUGGAUCAUUGGAUGACGGAGGUGGAAACCUAUAUAACAAAGGGAGAUGCUGUCAAAAUGCUUGUUGGCAACAAGAUUGAUAUGCCAAACCGUGAAGUAUCUCGAGAGGACGGUCUCAAGUUUGCUAAGCGUCAUCGCGCGUUGUUUAUCGAAGCUAGUGCUAAAACUAAGGAAGGAGUACAGUGCGCAUUCGAGGAACUUAUCGAAAAGAACAUGGAUAACAACGAAGAAUUCAUGGUGGCUACAGAAGAGCAAGCUCGAAUGGAUGAUAUGAAUAACUCCUAUAAGGAGAAGAUUGAUGACAAGGAUAACGGAGCUGCUGGUGCUAACGGCGACGCUUAUCCCAAAGAAAACAGGGACGAUAAGUCAGAACGAGGAGAUCGCGAAAAGGACCGCGACAGAGACCGUGAUGACCGUGACAAAGACCGCGAAGACCGUGAUCGACACCGUGAUCGUGACAGAGACCGCGAUCGUGAUCGUGAUCGCAAAAAGCACAAGAAAAGUCGUAGUCGCAGUCGCAGUCGCAGCAAAGAUCGUGACCGUGACCGUCGUCGAUCACGGGAUCGAGACUCGCGUGACCGUGGUCGUGAUAGAGACCGUGAACCACCGCGUGUAGAACCUAAGAAGAAGUAUCGCUUCUGGGACAUCCCACCUGUUGGAUUUGAACACCUGACACCAAAGGAAUAUAAAGCGCAACAAGCUGCUGGUGCGAUCCCGCGAUCGAACAUGCAAGCGGCGGUACCCGUUGUUGGACCAUCGGUUACAUGCCAGUCACGUCGUCUCUAUGUUGGCAACAUUCCAUUCGGUUGCAACGAGGAGGCCAUGUUGGAUUUCUUCAACCAGCAGAUGCAUCUUUGUGGGUUAGCACAAGCGCCAGGGAAUCCUGUACUUGCCUGUCAAAUUAAUCUGGAUAAGAACUUUGCCUUCAUCGAGUUCCGCUCGAUAGAUGAGACUACGGCGGGAAUGGCCUUCGAUGGCAUCAACUUUAUGGGACAGCAGUUGAAAAUUCGUCGUCCUCGUGAUUACCAACCUAUCAGUGCAAGCUUUGACAUGGCAUCAAGGAUGCCGGUAUCAAACAUCGUUGUCGAUUCCCCGAAUAAAAUCUUCAUUGGUGGCCUGCCUACGUACUUGAAUGAAGAACAGGUGAAGGAACUGCUGUGCUCAUUUGGGCAGCUGAAGGCUUUCAACCUUGUUGUUGAUUCCAGUGGAACAUCAAAGGGAUUUGCUUUUGCCGAGUAUCUCGACACUACGCUUACCGAUCAGGCUAUUGCCGGUCUAAACGGUAUGCAGCUUGGAGAUAAGCAACUCGUCGUACAGCUCGCUUGUGCCAAUGCACGUAGCUCUCAACCAAUGGCUCACUCAGCCACAUCAAUUGCUGGUAUUGACUUGUCGCAAGGUGCUGGUGUGCCUACCGAAAUACUUUGUUUGAUGAAUAUGGUGGUUGAAGAAGAGUUGAAAGACGAUGAAGAGUAUGAGGGUAGGUUGGAUAUAUUCUGGAGGACAUCAGAGAAGAAUGCUCAAAAUAUGGCAUUGUUGCGGUCAUUAGAAGUGCCGCGACCCAUUCCAGGAGUAGAAGUUGCUGGAAUCGGAAAGGUAUUUGUUGAGUUUGCAUCGUGUGCGGAUUGUCAAAAAGCGCAAGCUGCUUUGACUGGUCGAAAAUUCGCCAACCGUACUGUUGUUACCUCCUAUUACGAUGUGGAUAGAUAUCAUCAACGGCAGUUUUAG